AUGGUAUCCAAAGUUCCCCUUGUCCACAACCCCCGCUACCGCAGAUCCGGGAUCAAAUCCUACGCCUAUUUAAUACGCAAAUACGGCAUCCACCCCACUCGAGACGGCCCUUAUUCCAUCGGUCGUACGAUCCACCAGACCGGUCGGCCCUUCACCAGUAAACCAGUCGGCGGCAGGGUCCGCUUCCACGAUGUCAUGCAGAAGCAAUUCUCCAACAAGGACAUGCACCAGGUGGAUGCCGACGACGUUCAGAAUGAUAGCAUGUACUUCGUUCCGGUUUCGAUCGGAUCGCCUCCGCAGGUCCUGAAUCUGGUUCCUGAUACCGGGCCGAGCGAUCUCUGGGUACGGUCUAUUGUUCAGUCGCGAGAGGAUGAGGAUCGUCGGGCUUUUGAUCCAUCCAAGUCAACCACUUCUUCGAUUGCCGAGCAAUCCUCAUGGAAAGUUUCCAACUUGGAUAAUUCCUCUGCGUCUGGCUCUGUUGUAGCUGAUAAUGUCAUCCUCGGGGAGGAGGUGACCGUCAAGACCCAACAUAUCGCCAUUGCGGACACCCUAUCCUCUGGAUUCGACCAAGCCGCAGCAGACGGCGUCCUAGGGCUCGCAUUUGGAGCUGCAUCCAAUAUUCGACCUGAAGUCAAGAGCUUAGUCGAGACUAUACAGGGCCAAGAUGAUCUAGCGUCCUCUGUCAAACUCUUUACAGCGAAAUUCUCCCCGUCGAAUGGCUCUGGUCAAGAAGGCCCGUUCUUUACGUUCGGGGGGAUCGAUGAGAAUGUCGGAGAAGAUAUCAUACACUAUGCGCCCAUUGACAAGAGCCACAAGCUCUGGUCCUUCGAAUCCACAACCGCAUAUAUAGCGGGAACAGUCCUCGACCGGCCCCAGAAUAUCGCGAUCAUUGACACCGACGCAGCGCUUACCUUGCUUGAGGACAGAAUUUGUCAGGCAAUCUAUGAUGCUAUCCCCGGGGCAUUCUACGAUGGCGAAAGUCAGGGAUUCCUAUUCCCGACCAAUACCGAUCAGGAUCAACUGCCCACGAUUCAGCUAGAUAUUGGGGGAAAGCUUUUCAGCGUGCCGAAAAGCAGUCUGGGGUUCUCUGAAGCCAAGCCUGGUUACGUAUAUGGAGGGGUUCAGAGUCGGGGGUCGAUCGAGUUCGAUGUCCUUGGGCGUUCUUUCUUGGAGGGGAUCUAUGCAGUAUUUGAUAUCAGCAAACUUCGGUUUGGUGCAGUGCAGAUUGUGAAUUAA